AUGUCUUGCCUCUGCUUCAUCGUCCCACCUCAUCUUCUCCGUGCCAUCGCCCAGUCGACGCACAACACGGAGGAUAUCCGCAAGAGGGCCCAGGCAUCUCUUGCAACCCAUGAGCGUAUGACUGGCUCCCUGCAGGACCGCGGGGCAACAACAGUCCAGUCUCGCAGAACUGCUUGCGGUGCUCGGUUUCUCCCAACACCGUUUAUUCCCCAGGAUGUUCUCACGCGACUGUCGAUGUCACCGUUCGUCACAGAAUGCACUCGCAGACGAGCUGCACGAGCCUUGUCUCAUCUGCAGGUCCUCGAGGCCAGACGGCGGGUGUCGCAGCAAGGCAUGAUGAUUUGCAUCCUCCAACCGUUGACGCCCAUCAGCUUAUCUUGUGCAGAACUUGCCGCCACGUACGAGGAUGGCGAGAGCGAGGCGAACGAUUCACCCUAUCGUGCCGUGUACGAUGCGAAGAAGUCGGAAAAUGAAAUCGAUCUUCCCGGUGAGUUGGUUCGUGCCGAAGGAGAGGCCAGGGUCGGCGACAAGGACGUCAAUCUUGCCUACGACAACGUCGGCCACGUUCUCAGCUUUUACAAGGACAUUCUCGGAUGGAGAUCGCUUGACAACAAAAACGCCGACGUCAUCAGCUCGGUCCACUUUGGCGACGAGUACGAGAAUGCUUUUUGGGACCCGGAGGAGAUGCAGAUGGUUUUUGGCGACGGCGGUGAAUUCCUCGGCAACUUCACGGGCUGCAUCGAUGUAAUCGGCCACGAGCUGGCGCAUGCCAUCACGGAACACACGAGCCCCCUCGACUACUACGAUCAAUCCGGCGCCCUCAACGAGCACGUUUCCGAUGUCUUUGGCAUCAUGGUCAAGCAAAGGGUCGACAACGAAAAGGCAGUCGAUGCAGACUGGCUGAUCGGCGAAGGGUGCCUCUUGCCUGGCGUAAAGGGUCUCGCCCUUCGAAGCAUGAAGAAUCCAGGCAAGGCCUACGAUGACGCGCGUUUCGGCAAAGACCCUCAGGUGGACAACAUGCGGCACUACGAGAGGAAAUACGACGACAACGGCGGAGUCCACAUCUACUCUGGCAUUCCCAACAAGGCCUUUUACCUGGCCGCCGUCGCCUUUGGCGGGUAUUCUUGGGAGAGGGCCGGCCAGAUCUGGUGGAAGGCCAUGACGGGCGGUCGCGUGCCUCCGAGAUGCACCUUCAAACAGUUUGCCGACGUGACGGUGGCCUGCGCCAAGGAUAAGUUUGGCGAGGAUGCCGCCAGGACGGUGCGCAAGGCGUGGACCGACGUUGGCGUUUUCAAAACCCUGUAG